AUGUCUCAACCUUCCUUUCCCAUUGACCAUGAUCUCCGUCAAGAGCUCAUGGAGCAUUUGGUCAAUGUUCUGCAUCAACGCUGUAAACAAAUCCCUGCAUCACAACUGUAUGUUUUAGCUUUCAGUUUUGAUCGAUUCGCCCAAAUCAAGUCAAUCACACUACAAAUGUACAUUCAGCACUACCAAGAAAAAUUUAAAAGCUAUCAUUCCGCUCUCCCACAUAUGGCUCUAUCGUAUGGGUGCUCUUCAUUUCCCCAAAAUGCCUCCUACCAAUCCUUCAAUUCUCCAAUAACAGACUCUUUUGCUACCAGUCGAUCUAUAUCCACCCCUCCACCUUCUUCUUCUUCUUCUUCUUCUUCAUGUACCCCAAAUAACCUCGACAUUCGGUCCCCUUCAUCUUUCACAGAAACCCAGUCCAAACCUGGUCCCUUCGUCUCCCACCCUCUUUCGUUUUCUUCCUCUUUUCAAGACUCAUCGUCGGACUUUGGUUUCAUGAAUCCCUCCUUACAGGCACAUACUUCGUUUUUCCCUACGCAUUUGUCGAAUCCUCAUCCUCCCGAGUCUUUUCACGAUGAGAAUAGCGGGUAUUUCUACAAAAAUGAGGUCUGCAAUGUCCCUUUCAAUUCAAAUGACAAAGAUCAUCACCUUUUCUUUCUCAACGACAAUGACCUGACCUUUCCUAGCGAGUCCGUCUAUCCCUCUUCAGCUUUUCUGCAAAACGAAGAUUUAGGCUCCUUUUUCCCCACUCCUUGA